CGGCGUCGCGCGCCAUGGCGCGCGAUCGCCCCGCGGACGUCGCCGGGCGCAGCGAGAGCGAGCGUAAGGUGCUGGCGAUCGCGGACAUCGUCGCGCAGCUCGUCGCGCGCGACGCGAGCGAUGGAUUCAUGAACUUGAACUCGGUCAAAAACGCGACGAGCCGCAAGUACAAGCUUUCGAAGGCGCCGAAGCUCACCGAACUCAUCGCGGCGGUGCCGGUGGAACAUCGCGAUCAGUUGCUGCCGAAACUCAGGGCGAAACCGGUGCGAACGGCGAGCGGGGUGGCGGUGGUGGCGGUGAUGAGUAAACCGCAUCGGUGCCCGCACAUAGCGACGACGGGCAACGUGUGCGUGUACUGCCCGGGAGGACCCGAUAGUGAUUUUGAGUACUCCACGCAGUCUUACACUGGAUAUGAACCGACGUCGAUGCGAGCGAUACGGGCGAGGUACGAUCCGUACGCGCAGUCUCGAGGACGGGUGGACCAGUUGCGACGGCUGGGACACGCGGUGGACAAGGUGGAGUUCGUGCUCAUGGGAGGGACGUUCAUGUCGCUGCCGAUCGAUUAUAGAGAUUUUUUCAUCAGAAAUUUGCACGAUUCGCUCAGUGGGGCGAGCUCGUCGUGCGUGGAUGAGGCUGUGAAGGCGUCGGAGCAGAGUAGGACGAAGUGCGUGGGGUUGACGAUUGAGACGCGGCCGGAUUAUUGUCAGUCACCGCAUUUGCGACAGAUGUUGUCGUACGGGUGCACGCGAUUGGAAAUCGGUUUGCAGAGCAUCUAUGAAGACGUCGCGCGCGACACCAAUCGUGGGCACACCGUGGCGGCGGUGCAAAAGUGUUUUGAAUUAGCCAAAGACGCGGGAUUUAAAGUCAUCGCGCACAUGAUGCCGGAUUUGCCAAACGUGGGCAUGGAGCGCGAUUUGGAGUCGUUUCGAGAAUUUUUCGAGUCGCCUGAUUUUAGAACAGAUGGCUUGAAGCUUUAUCCUACGCUCGUCAUUCGAGGUACAGGAUUGUACGAGUUGUGGCGCACCGGCAAGUAUAGAAAUUACCACCCCGAGCGCUUGGUGGAUUUAGUCGCGCGAGUGCUCGCGCUCGUCCCACCCUGGGUCCGGGUCUAUCGCGUCCAGCGCGAUAUUCCCAUGCCUCUCGUCACCGCGGGCGUGGAGAAGGGUAACCUUCGUGAGCUCGCGAUGGCGCGCAUGGCGGAUCUAGGCUUAAGAUGUCGCGACGUGCGCACGCGCGAAGUCGGCUUACAAGAUAUUCAUAACCGCGUCGCUCCGACGCACGUUGAACUCGUCCGUCGCGACUACGUCGCCAAUGGCGGGUGGGAGACAUUCUUAUCUUACGAAGAUCCGCGACAAGACAUCUUGGUAGGACUCUUGCGUCUUCGCAAGUGCGGUCGAACGGCCGCCAAGACGUCGCCUGCGCUCAAGGGCAAAUGUUCCAUGGUUCGCGAGCUUCACGUCUACGGCACCGCCGUCGCCGUGCACUCGCGACACAAGGGUCGCUUUCAACACCGCGGGUAUGGCACUUUACUCAUGCGCGAGGCCGAGCGCAUCGCUCGCGAAGAACACGGCUCGAGCAAGCUCGCCGUGAUUUCCGGCGUCGGCACGCGACACUACUAUCGCAAGCUCGGAUACGAAUUAGAAGAAACCUACAUGGUGAAGCAUCUCUCCGCGAACGAGUAGCGCCGAGUCCA